CCCGCCCCCCGGCGCUUCGCAGAGCUGUCCGCGCACCGCCGAUUGCUUGCCCUUCACGAGCUUGCAAGCAACCCACCCACUUCCAAUCUCGCUGUUUCCCCCUCCCACCCCAGCCGCCCCCCCUUUCGUCACCAUGUCCGACAUCCAGGAGCGGAUCGCCGCCGCCAAGAAGGAGGCCGAGGAGCUCAAGGAGAGCAUCAAGGCCAAGAAGGACAGCCUUGCCGACACUUCCCUUCGCCAGGUUGCCGCCUCCCUGGAGCCCCUCCCUCGUAUCCUGAUGAAGGUCCGUCGGACGCUCAAGGGUCAUCUGGCCAAGAUUUACGCCAUGCACUGGGCCGCCGACCGCCGGCACUUGGUGUCCGCCUCGCAGGAUGGCAAGCUCAUCGUCUGGGACGCCUACACCAUGAACAAGCUUCACGCCAUCCCCCUGCUCAGCAGCUGGGUCAUGACCUGCGCGUAUGCUCCCAGUGGCAACUUUGUUGCGUGCGGUGGCCUUGACAACAUUUGCUCAAUCUUCAGCCUCAAGACCAAGGAGGCCAAGAGUGUUCGCCAGCUGUCCGCCCACAUGGGCUACCUCUCAUGCUGCCGCUUCCUGUCGGACCGUGAGAUUCUCACCAGUUCCGGUGACAUGAAGUGCAUGCUCUGGGACAUUGAGAAGGGCAUGAGCACCAUCGAGUUCAAUGACCAUCGUGGUGAUGUCAUGAGUCUUUCUGUCAUGCCCGAGCGCAACAUCUUUGUCUCCGGCGCCUGUGACGCCCUGGCUCUUGUGUGGGACAUCCGUACCGGCAAGUGUGUCCAGAGCUUCUCCGGCCAUGAGACCGAUAUCAACGCCGUCCAGUUCUUCCCCAAUGGCGACGCCUUUGGCACUGGUUCUGAUGACGCUUCCUGCCGGCUGUUCGACCUGCGCGCCGAUCGCGAGCUCAACCAGUACACCCACGACAACAUCCUGUGCGGCAUCACCUCCGUGUCUUUCUCCGUCUCCGGGCGCCUCCUCUUCGCCGGCUACGAUGACUACAACUGCAAUGUCUGGGACACCCUGCGCGGUGAGCGCGUCGGUGUCCUGGCCGGUCAUGAGAACCGCGUGAGCUGCCUCGGUGUCAGCGCCGAUGGCAUGGCCCUCUGCACCGGCAGCUGGGACUCCCUUCUCAAGGUCUGGGCUUAAAAAGAGCCCGAAAGAGCGAGCGACGAGACGACAGGGCCAGCCCAAAGGGCGAGAGAGUGAGAGAGCGAGAGAAAGUGCCACAUCACACGAGCACAUAUGAGGGUCUCCUUCGGCAGUCCAUGUCAAGGGACGGAGCCAAAGAGAGAGAAAGAGAGAGAGAGACAGAGACAGAAAGAGAAAGAGAAAGCAAUCCAUAUGCGGUGUGAUGAUGACCACACAUUGCUGCAUGCGCCUGUCCCCUUUCACUUGCUGCUCUUCCUCGCGCCCUUCCCCCCCUCCCGCAUAUCGGCCCGGCCGGCCCGGCCUGCGCAGGGCGUGCACGCCCUCCUCUCCCUCCCCCCCCUCUCUCUCCUCCCUCUCGCGCUCCGUCCCCCUCCUCUCUCCUCCUUCCCCAGCAGCCUUUUAGAACGCGCCGCGUCCUCCCUCCUCCCAUCCACAUCACCCCUGUUUGCUUCCUCGUUCCUCGCAACCCGCUCCGAAGCUCUCAUAGGCGAGGGGGUGGGGGGGGGGGACGGGGACCGGGAGGGGAUGUCUCUCCUCCGUGCUUCCAUCCUCCUUCUUCGUCCAUCCCUCCCUCUGGGCACGAUGCGGUCCAUCCCCCUUCCCCUCCCCCGCCCCCCUCCCCCUACUGCCUCUUCAUCUCUCUUCCUCCCGCAUCCCAGCCAGCCAUCUUAGUUCCCGUCCCUGGCGCCCUGGUGUUCCCCCCCCCCCCUUCCUCUUCCUCCCCCCUCUCGGGCAUGCGAACCCCGAUGAGAGUGGAACCCCUCCCUCCUUCCUCCUUCUCCCCUCUUCCUCUUCCUUCCUGCACACAUGCCGCACGUAUGACAGAGAGCAAGCAAGGCUGGCAGGCGUGUUCUCAUGUGGCAUCUCCCCUUUUGCUGCCCACACGUGCUUCCACCUUCUUCCUCUCUUGUGCGCAUGCGCCAUCGAGUGAGAGGCAAAGGCGAGAGAGAGGGUGUGUGUGUGUCCAUGUGCGCCUACAUGCGCUUGGCGUGCAUGUGUAUGCCCACACGGGCACACAUACAUGUGUACAUUUCCCGUUUCUCCUCAACCCCCCCCCCCCCCCUCCUCC